AUGUCAAACCUACAAUCUGGUUCCCUGCCAAGUCCUCCGCCAGGGUUUACUCCCAUUGCCGUCAUUCGACCUUCUUUGCAUGUUCUCUUAAUUGGUACCAUUCUACCAGCAAUGCUCGUCCCUAUUCUCAUUAUCUUGUUCGUCUUCUCGACACCGGACCUCCGGCGGAAGCCGGUCUUUAUGUUCAAUGUUAUUGUGAUUAUGCUCGGAAUAGCCAUCGGCAUAUUCCACAUUUAUGGCCAGUACCUCACUAUGCUUUCUGAACCCGUCAGUAAGGCGUACAAUGUCGCAGCUGCAUUCCUCUUCGAAUUGGCACCCACGAUGGCAGAUUUUGUUCUACUUCUGCGCGUAUACGCAGUCUACCCUCCGCAUCGACUUUCACCUGUCACCCGCAGUGCAAUAUAUGGGCCCUUGGUUCUGAUGAAGGUUGCCCGCCUGGUAAAUAUGAUCAUGUAUGGAGUCAACAUGGGAACGACAACUGAGCCAGUGGCUGCUGAAUUUCGUGCAUGGGCCACUCCAGAGGCUAAGAUUGCCUGGUUCCUUCAGACAUUUGACAACACCUUCACCUCCAUUUUGUUCCUAUCACGGCUCAUCCAAGGUCAAAAAAACAACAGUCAAUUGACCAUAGCUUCAAGUAGUCGGUCAGCUGAUAGCUAUCUCUCCCGGCUUCGAACUCUAUUCUGGAUAGCGACUUCGAACUUUGUCUUCCCGGUCAUUCUCAACAUCAUACAGCUCAUCUGUGCUUUUCGGGAUGCGAACUUCAACGACGGGAUCAACAUCUACCUCAUCAAUGUCUACGUUCAAAUUAUCGGUGCCCCGCUCGCUACAAUUUGGUCCAUUGGCACCCAGACGACUCCCGACAAGGUUCAGAUCACCCACUCCAUCACUAUUCCUCGUUUUGCGCACACAAGCGGGCUAUACAACUCUACAAAUGGCGGCUCGGACAUAGAAUCUACGGCAUCGAGGAUAGCGCCUCAUGAUGUGCAUGAUGAGAGCAGAGACGACAAGUAG